AGUCCUUAAAUGGUCAGUGACGUAGUGACACAUUGAUAGGCUCACCAUAAAUACAUACUACCACUAGAAGCUCCGCAAGGAUCUGUCAUUCAACAACACAGAGCCGUCAGAUGGCAUCACAGUGAACGCUAAACAACCCGUUUACUGACAGCUUUCCACAUGUAACGUUUUGAGCGAGCGUUCGCACAGGCACAAAACACUUUGUGAACAUCAGAACGAGUGCUUCUUAGGACUUCAUGAUGACAGCUAAAACUUUGGAGAAAGCCCCCGUAACUCUGGGUGGCUUUGUGCACCCGCUUGCCGAAAGCAUCUACUCAGUGGACGAGCUUGCCACAUCACUGCCAGCAUCUGUGACUAUAUUUCCAAACGGUGAUUUAGGAGGACAUUACGAGCAGAUGCACUCUGGAGAUGGCUUGCUUAGCGGGGAUAUGAGCACGGAUAAGCGCUCCCUCGACUUAUCCUAUUCCAGCAGCUUCGCGCAACCAACUGGCCCUCGCAACCAAACUUUCACCUACAUGGGAAAGUUUUCCAUAGACUCCCAGUACCCAGGAAACUGGAACCCAGAGGGCGUGAUAAACAUCGUGAGCGCGGGGAUCCUGGGCAUGACCCAGCCAUCCUCAGCAUCCUCGUCACCAGCCUCCUCAGUGUCCCCCGGCCACUUCUCCAGCACUCUCAGCUGCACCAUGGCGCAGAACCAGGCAGACAUGGAGCACAUAUACUCUCCCCCGCCACCCUACUCUGGAUGCGGAGAGAUGUAUCAAGACCCAUCCGCAUUCCUCUCCACCUCCACCUGUCCGAUCUCCUAUCCUCCGCCAUCCUACUCAUCCCCAAAGCCAAACACAGACUCCGGGCUGUUCCCCAUCAUCCCGGACUACGCCGGCUUUUUCCAACCCCCGUGCCAGAGGGACAUGCAGUCGAUGCCCGACCGCAAACCGUUCUCAUGCCCGCUGGACUCUUUCAGAGUCCCGCCCCCUUUAACCCCCCUGAACACUAUCAGGAACUUCACACUGGCGGGCCCGGUAUCUGAUGGACCCCGGCUACCCACAGCCUACAGCCCGCAGAAUUUGCCCCUCAGGCCCAUCCUGCGCCCGAGGAAGUACCCCAACAGACCCAGCAAGACGCCCGUGCACGAGCGUCCCUACCCCUGCCCGGCGGAGGGCUGCGACAGGCGCUUCUCCCGGUCCGACGAGCUCACUAGACACAUCCGCAUCCACACCGGCCACAAACCAUUCCAGUGUCGGAUAUGCAUGAGGAACUUUAGUCGCAGCGACCACCUGACGACCCACAUCCGCACGCACACCGGAGAGAAACCGUUCGCAUGCGACUUUUGCGGGAGAAAGUUCGCGCGGAGCGACGAGAGAAAGAGACACACCAAAAUCCACCUGCGACAGAAGGAGAGAAAAUCCUCCUCUUCGUCCUCUGGUGUGUCCAGCUCAGAGCGCGGCGUCGCCACGGGCAUCUGCUCGUCCGCUUCAAGCCAGUAAACUUUCAACUGGACUGUGCAAUAUCCAACACUAUGUAGGCAAUAUAAUAAUAA